AUGGAUUUCCAGUUCUUUGACGGAGCAAACCGAUCACUCCACAGUCAGUCGUGUGGAAACAGUCUAUCGGGCAAUAGCUUCUUCCCUCACCUGAGCGCGUUAGCGAAAUCCUCGGGACAGCAUCACCGCAUGGUGGACGGCGACAGUGGCGAAGACGAGUGCAGGGAGGCGAGGUCUCCCGAAGUGAACGUCGACGUCGACGGCGACUGCGACAACAUGACGGGCGAUCGACGCGACGACGACGACAGCAGCGACGACGACAAACGGGACAUGGACAUCAUGAGAGGGGACUACGCGGACGGGGACAAGGGGACCGUGAAGAAGUCUGGCAAGACGGUGCGGCUGAACAUCAACGCCAGGGAGCGGCGACGUAUGCACGACCUCAACGACGCCCUCGACGAGUUGCGCAGCGUCAUUCCCUACGCCCACAGCCCCUCCGUGAGAAAACUGUCAAAAAUCGCCACCCUCCUUCUGGCAAAAAACUAUAUCUUAAUGCAGGCCAACGCCUUAGAGGAGAUGAGGCGCAUGCUUGUGUGUCUGAACCAGACGGUGCCCUGUCUGGACUCCUAUCCAGCCUAUUCUCGUCUGCCACCUCAAGUUUCCGCCAGCGACAAGUGUCCGGCGCUGUACCCGCCAACACCCGGUUCGCCAUCUUUCAAGCGGUGUAACAAUGACAAAGUAUAAUUGAAAAAGCAACAACAGACAAUCAAAAUCUUAAAUAACAAUCUCAGAUAAAUACUCUUAAGUUUGUAUGAAUGUGCUUUUAACAAAACAUCUUUUUUUUUGUUCUUGUUCUUUUUAAAAGAUGAAAGUAACAUUAUGACAUUCACUACCGUGGACAGUUUGGAACUAGGCAGAUUGUUGUGUUUCUUAAAACCUAUAUAAAUUAUAGAUUUUUCGUGAAAAUGAUUUUUAAGAAACUCUUUUCUAGCUUAGAAACAUGUUCUGUUGAUAAAGCAAAUGUAUGUAAAUAUGCAUAAUAUUUAACAACUGUCCGUCAAUCCAUCAAUUGAUUUUCAAUGCAUCAAUUGACUUUUAAUUGACUUUGUUUUCAUGAACACAGGAAAGGUAAUGCACAGGUUACAGGUAUCUUUAAUUCACCAGUUAUGACGUUUGGAACAUGGAACUUUGUGAAUGUGUUUUAUCAAGGGAAACCCUGGCGUGGUAUGCAAGGUAUGGUUACCAUACAUUAUAGACACAUCAUAGUAUUAUUGAGUUGUGUACAGGUAUCUUGUGCCAACAAUGACACUAUAGAAGGAUGCGACUACAGACUAUGUAAUUUGCAAUAUUACUUUGGACUUUAUUGUGGAGAAAAUGGCGAUGCAAGCAUCACAAAUAAGCAUG